AUGGCUGCUGCGCAGAGUGGAACUGAGUUGCACGGAGCGGCCGACAUGAAGCCAUCCAACUCCGCUUCCGAAGACGACAACCACGACCAGAUCGGGUCGAACGGAUCUACGCCGACCGGCAUCGCGACGCCUCAGCCGGAUCCCGCAGACAAGCGUUUGCCAUCCAUCAUGCAUAACUACUUCCAGGUUGGUUCCUUUUCUCGUGAUAAAGCGGGUUUGCCACGGUUUUGGUCUUGCCUUUCGAAAUCCUCGGCCCCGUCUCCGUCAGACCCUACUCCAGCCCGCCCUGUCUCCUCCUCUUCCUCCUUCGUCAUGAUGGAGCAUGAGGAGGGGCAACGGGAAGAGGGGUUGGAUCCGAUGGAGGUGACGCAUGCCAACCUACCCACUCCGCCCCAUUCGCUGCUCCAGCAGGAGUCAGACGAAAUGGAUGAGAAGGACACGGGGUUGUCCAUCUAUGACACUCUGAAGAAAUAUCUCACUCCAUCCUCCCACGCCCCCGUUGAAUCUACUCCCUCGCGCCGUCAAACCUCCCUGCCAGUCUCUAGCGUCUCUGAUGAUCCUGUCCUUGCCACCCAUUUCUCCAAUCCAUCUCUCCCUCCUGCCUUAGAUCCGUUGUCCCUCUCUGCUGCUCCCUUCCUCGACCACGUGAAGCCGCAUGGUUCCAUAUCUUCCGAGAACCUUGCCAAGCUGACUGGAAACGCACCCGAUGGGGCGCGUCUCAAGAAUACCCCACCGCUGACCCCCGGGCCAUUCGAGGAGUCGCAGCCACAGCCGCAGCCGCAGUCGCAGCCGGAUAGCAUGGACAGCUCCACCGACGAAAUUGCCAUGAAGCUCGACGAAGCCUUCCCUCGCCAAUCUGAUGCCGCCCCGCAAAACGGAGCUCCUGUUGGUCCGCUGAAGGGAAAGCUAUUCGUCAAGAUCUCAGAGGCCCGCGGGCUCCGCCCCAGCUUUGAUCCAUACGUGGUCUGCGUUUUUGAGUGGAACGAGUACAUCUCCAAGGGCGCUCGUGAUGGCGAAGAGGAAAAGAAGCGGCGGCAGCUGGAUGCGGAGGCGGCCGAGGCUGGCCGCCCCAUGGCGAUUCCCAUGAAGAGCCGCCAGAGCAGCCACAACAGCGCCUUGGAUGGUCACGAUCACAAGGGCAAGAUGCCCGUUACCGAUCCCCAUUGGGAUCAUGAGGCGGUCUUUGAUGUGCUCGGAGACCAUUCCGAAGUCGACGUGACGGUGUACGAUCGCAGCAACCAAGAGGCUUUCUUAGGUCAUGUGCGUCUCGGUAUCAAUCUCAAGGAAGAUCACAGUCGGCUGGAAGGAUGGUUCCCACUGGUCGCCCGUGCCGCUGGCGACAGCCAAGUAUCAGGGGAAAUUCACCUCCAGAUGCAAUUCGAGAUGACGGAUCGGAAGCAGGUUGGACCAAACGAUUUCCAAAUCCUCAAGCUCAUCGGCAAGGGAACCUUCGGCCAGGUCUACCAAGUGAAGAAGAAGGAUACUGAGCGAAUCUAUGCCAUGAAGGUUCUCUCUAAGAAGGUCAUUAUUCAAAAGAAGGAGGUGGCACACACACUGGGCGAACGCAAUAUUCUGGUUCGAACCGCGAUGGCAGCCUCACCAUUCAUCGUGGGCCUCAAAUUCUCCUUCCAAACUCCGACCGAUCUCUACCUCGUUACCGACUACAUGUCCGGUGGCGAAUUGUUCUGGCACCUCCAACGUGAGGGUCGUUUCCAAGAGGCUCGGGCGAAAUUCUACAUUGCUGAGUUGAUCCUGGCACUACAGCAUCUUCACGACCAUGACAUUGUCUAUCGAGAUCUCAAGCCUGAAAAUAUCCUGUUGGAUGCAAAUGGCCACAUUGCACUCUGUGACUUUGGUCUGUCCAAGGCAAAUCUUACCCAAAACGACACCACCAAUACUUUCUGCGGUACCACCGAAUAUCUCGCCCCGGAGGUCUUGCUGGAUGAACAAGGAUAUACCAAGAUGGUUGAUUUCUGGUCACUGGGUGUGUUGGUUUUCGAGAUGUGCUGCGGCUGGAGCCCCUUCUACGCCGAAGAUACCCAGCAGAUGUACAAGAAUAUCGCUUUUGGCAAAGUUCGAUUCCCCCGCGAUGCUCUCAGCACUGAGGGCCGGAAUUUCGUUAAGGGUCUGCUUAACCGGAAUCCCAAACACCGAUUGGGUGCGAACGGCGAUGCCAAAGAACUCAUGGCGCACCCCUUCUUCCACGAUGUUGAUUGGGAAGCUCUGGGCUGCAAGCAGGUUAUUCCGCCCUUUAAGCCGAAGCUGCAGUCGGAUACCGACACCUCAAACUUCGACCCGGAGUUCACCAACGCGCUCGAGAACAACCAGUCGUUGAACCUCCGCGCUGCAGCACUCGCCAAUGGUCUGAUGCCUGGCUCCACACCUCUGUCGCCCGGUAUGCAAGCCAACUUCAAGGGCUUCACUUUCGUGAACGAGAGUUCCAUCGACCAUCAUCUCAAGCAUGAGCCGGGUGAGCAGAUGGAGGAGGACACCAUGCACGAAGAUGCGUGGCAGCGCACCCACCGGUCCAACAAUUCGACGGAUCAGCGCAUGAGCGGCGUGCAGAAGACCUCUGAUGGCACGGAGCCAGGGAUCUUCAACGUUGAUGACAAUUUUGAUAUGUGA